UGGGACUUGGGUAUGGGGCUCAGGUAUAGGACUCAGGUAUGGGGUUCGGGGGUACGGCUGGGGCUCAGGUACGAGGCUCAGGGCUGAGGCUUAGGUCUGGGACUCAAAUAUGGGGCUCAGGUAUGGGGUGCAGGGCUGGGGCAGGGGGCCAGGUGUGGGAUCAUGUGUCCGUUUUGGCAGAUAUGGGUACGACAGCCCUAUGGAUACAGUGAACCGGGGACAUCGGGGCUGCUGCCCUGCCUGGGUGAAGGAGGAGGAGGAGAGAUGAAGACUGGCACAGCACUGCCACCGAAGGUGGAGCUGAGCCAGCAUCAGUGCUUGUGAAUGGGGCCGUGCGGCAGUGAAUGGGGCUGCGUGGCACUGAAUGGCUCUGCUUUGGCCCCGUGCCCCCCUCGGAGGGGUUGGGGUAAUAACUGUGAACCCUACUGAUGGCACUGUGGAUGGUCACAGCUACUCCGCUGCCCGGGAGGAAGGAGAGGAAGUGCAGGGGUUAACGCCGGACUGUUCCACUGCGAUGGUUCAGGCAGCAGCGGAGGGAAGGGAGGAGGAGGAGGAGGAGGAGGAGAGACGGAGGAAGAUGUCACCGUCUCUCACCGAUCUGUCGUUUCUCUUUCUCAAGAAGGGAACCCGUGGCAGUGGGGAGAGGAUGGGGAACGCCGCCGAGACAAAGCCGGGGCGGAGGCGGCGGUGAAACGGGAGCGCAGGUGAAGGAGGGAGGAAGAGGAAGGAGGAGAAGGGGGGGCCGGGCUCCGCCAUGGCUACGAAUUUUAACGACAUCAUCAAGCAAGGCUACGUGAGGAUGAAGAGCAGAAAGCUGGGGAUCUACCGGCGGUGCUGGCUCGUCUUCCGCAAAUCCUCCAGCAAAGGGCCCCAGCGCCUGGAGAAGUACCCAGAUGAGAAGGCAGCGUGCCUGCGGGGCUGCCCCAAGGUGACCGAGAUCAGCAACGUCAAGUGCAUCACGCGGCUGCCCAAGGAGACCAAGAGGCAGGCGGUGGCCAUCGUCUUCGCCGACGACUCUGCACGCACCUUCACCUGCGAUUCGGAGCUGGAGGCUGAGGAGUGGUACAAGGCUCUGUCGGUGGAGUGCUUGGGUGCCCGUCUCAAUGAUAUCAGCCUGGGGGAGCCCGACCUGCUGGCGGCCGGCGUGCAGUGCGAGCAGACGGACCGGUUCAACGUGUUCCUCCUCCCCUGCCCCAACCUGGACGUGUACGGCGAGUGCAAGCUGCAGAUCACCCACGAAAACAUCUACCUCUGGGACACGCACAACCCGCGCCUCAAGCUGCUCUCCUGGCCCCUCUGCUCCCUGCGCCGCUACGGCCGCGACGCCACGCGCUUCACCUUCGAGGCGGGACGGAUGUGCGAUGCAGGAGAGGGCCUCUACACCUUCCAGACGCAGGAAGGCGAGCAGAUCUACCAGCGUGUGCACAGCGCAACGCUGGCCAUCGCCGAGCAGCACAAGCGGGUCCUGCUGGAGAUGGAGAGGAACGUCAGGCUGCUGAACAAGGGCAGCGAGCCCUUCUCCUACCCCUGCACGCCCACCACCAUGCUGCCCCGCAGCGCCUACUGGCACCACAUCACCGGCUCGCAGAACAUGGCCGAGUCCUCCAGUUACGCCGGUGAGCCCUAUGCGGGUGCCCAAGCCGGCUCGGACACCGACCUCCUUGACAGGUUCAUCCUGCUGAAGCCAAAGCCCCCCGGCGGUGACCAACCUGAGAUCAGGGAGCCCACCUCGUCCCCGUGAUGGGGGGUGCUCUGCAGCCCCUUCCUUCCUUUCCGGGGGUGUCCAGGCCCUGGGAAGCCGCAGAGCCCUUGUUUGCAGGGAGAUGGCAUCAGGGCAUCCUCCAGGCCCGGCAGCUGAAGCUCCAGGAGGUGACGGCUCGCUGCGCUCAGUGACUUCAAAUAUAUAUUGCCUAUCCAUAUUAUACAGUCAGAUAUUUCCUUCAAAGUUCAUCGCCCCCAAGGAGACCUCAGGAAGAGGAGAUGCUCGCAGAGAUCUUUGGCUCUUGGGCUGGGAGAUGGAAAAGAGGUGGGGGCGAAGAGGUUCGGCCAAUUUUCUGCAGGUAGGAAGGAAGGACGGCACUGCGCCCAGCUCACGUUGCACUUUGCAAAGAGCUCUGAACGCUGCAGGAUUGGGAUGUCUCAGGAGAAACUGGUUGUCCUUCUGCACCGAGGCCUCGGGCUGGGAUGGGGGCUGAGCUUUGUACCCCAACCCACACACGUGCCACCACCGUGCCCACCUGCCAGGGGCAACCCAGGCACUGAUUGUGGCCAGUAGCAGCCAGCGGGGAGCAGUGGGAGCAGGUGAAAGACCUCGCACAGGGGAGCUGGGCUUAAUGGACUGAACUGAAAAGCAAUUGAUUUUCUAGUUCUCCUAUUUAUUGAACUCCUUUAGAAGGGCUAUCUUUUUAUUGCAGUACAACCCUCGGUGUUUCUUUCUUCUUUCGGUCUGGUUUGGUUGGUUGGUGGUUUUAUUUCCUCCCUGAAAGCUCCAGGUCUGUGCUUUGGGAGCAGGGAGCGUUGUGAUGUGGGAACCUGUGGUCUGUGGCCUGUAAAUACUGUGUGUUGGGUCUGUGUAGCUUGUGGAUGGGGCUGGGGAGCUGCGGGUGCAUAUGGGUCCCUGGGCACUGGCCACCCUCUGGUCAGGGGUGUAACCUGCUCUUUUCCUGGCUGCACGCCUCAUCUGGAAAAGAUUUCACAUUUAUUACCAAAAAUAUUAGGGUUUUUUUUUUCCUUUCUUUCUUUUUUUUUCUUUUUCUUUUUUUCUUUUCUUUUUU